UUUUUUUUUUUUUGUUUUUUUUUUUGUUUUUCCCUUUGUUCGAGCACCUUCUUUUCUAUUUGCUUAGAGAACCCUACCACCGCGUUCGAAGGGCUGGUGACUAUCUCCUUCUUCGUUCAUCAAUCGAUUGAAUCGAUCUUUGAAGAAAAUGCAGAAUCAGAGGCUGAAGCAACAACAACAGCAAGCUUUGAUGCAACAAGCGCUUCUUCAGCAACAGUCUCUCUAUCAUCCUGGCCUCUUAGCUCCACCUCAGAUUGAGCCAAUACCUAGUGGAAAUCUGCCUCCUGGGUUUGAUCCAAGCACAUGCCGCAGUGUGUUUGUUGGGAAUAUCCACCCACAAGUGACUGAACCUCUUCUUCAGGAAGUUUUCUCUAGUACUGGUCUUGUGGAAGGAUGUAAACUGAUAAGGAAGGAAAAGUCAUCUUAUGGUUUCAUCCACUACUAUGAUCGUAGAUCAGCUGCACUUGCUAUAGUGUCUCUUAAUGGAAGGCAUCUGUUUGGGCAGCCUAUUAAAGUUAAUUGGGCAUUUGCCAGUGGACAGAGGGAGGACACUUCAAGCCACUUUAAUAUAUUUGUUGGUGAUCUGAGCCCCGAAGUUACUGAUGCAAUGCUAUUUGCUUGCUUCUCUGUUUACCCUGGUUGCUCUGAUGCAAGGGUAAUGUGGGAUCAAAAGACUGGGCGUUCUAGGGGUUUUGGUUUUGUUUCUUUCCGUAACCAACAGGUAACUUUUUGGUAUAUAGCUUCAUGUUUUCUUUUUUCAUCCCCUCUUCGAUAUUGUAAUAAAUUCUUUUUUUUUUUUUUGCAGGAUGCUCAAAGUGCCAUCAAUGAUUUAACAGGCAAAUGGCUUGGUAGUAGGCAGAUACGUUGCAACUGGGCUACCAAAGGUGCUAACUCGAAUGAUGACAAACAGAGUUCUGAUGCCAAAAGUGUUGUGGAAUUAACAAAUGGUUCAUCAGAAGAUGGUAAAGAGGCAGCGAAUAGUGAUGCUCCUGAAAAUAACCCACAAUACACCACUGUUUAUGUGGGGAAUAUUGCUCCUGAGGUAACACAGCUCGAUCUCCAUCGCUACUUUCAUUCCCUUGGUGCAGGAGUGAUUGAGGAAAUUCGAAUUCAGCGAGAUAAAGGAUUUGGCUUUGUAAGAUACAAUACUCAUGCUGAGGCAGCUUUAGCAAUUCAAAUGGGAAAUACCCACUCAGUUCUGGGUGGAAGGCAGAUUAAGUGUUCGUGGGGUAACAAGCCAACUCCGCCUGGAACAACCUCAAACCCACUUCCUCCACCAGCUCCCACACCAUUAGGUAUUUCAGCCACUGACCUUUUGGCUUAUGAGAGACAGCUAGCUAUGAGCAAGAUGGGUGGUGUCCCGGGCCUCAUGGGUCAAUAUCCUUUGAAGCAAGCAUCAAUGGGGAUGGCCUCUGGAGCAAGCCAAGCUAUAUAUGAUGGCGGUUUCCAGAAUGUUGCUGCACAACAGCUCAUGUAUUAUCAGUGAUGUGCUUGAUCUGGCUCUGCGGUUGGCAUUGCCUUUCUACCUAGUUUACCUUUAAUAACACUUGUUUUUUUUUUUUUUUUUCAUGUUCUCUAUUUUUGUUCUUAAUAUUUAGGCAUCAUGCCUAGUUAGAUGUGAGUGCCACGUGUAUCAAUACGUAUAAUGUAUGCUUUGUCUUCCAGUUUAUUAGUAGGAAUGAGGGAAUACUACGAGGUUUGCUCCA